AUGGACUUGUAUCGGCGUGGCCUUCUUCAUUCGCCGGCAGCAUUUACUGAUACCCAAACACCCACACAGCCCGCUCUUGAACCGAAUCCCGGAAACGAGAAUUCUCAGGAAUCGGCUCUGCUUCAUGGCAACCUGUCCGCCGGCUACUUCCAUCUGUCCCUUUGGUCCGCCUGUGCUUGGCACUGCUGCCUGGCCCUCGAGCUCCGUCUCCAGGGCCCAGAAAACGUGAGGGACCGGAACAUAGAGCUGCGGCUCAACAAACGCCUUCUUUCAGCGGCUGGGAAAAUCGGAUUUGACGGACCGGCUUGCUCUUCUGUCCGCCCGGGGGAUGCUGCUCUAUCUGAUUAUAUUAAGGCGUUGAAACAAUUUAUCUACGAUUCAACCGAUCUUACUUGUAAAAGUGGUAUGCUUAAUACUUAUUCAAAAAGCAGUCCACCUGUUCCAAGAUAUGGCCGAAAUCCAACA